UGCGCCCUGAACGCGCUCCCAGUCAAUUGGAGUCGAAAAAAUGGUGGCCAGCGCUCGAGUACAGAAGCUGCUCCGACGAUAUAAACUAGCGAUUGCCGUCGCAUUAACUAUCCUCCUGGUCCAGGGGCUUGUGGUAUGGAGUCUAAGAGGUCUGGAAGAAGGCGAGGCAGAGAGAAAAACACGACGCUCUAAGCUGCCUGACCACAACAGCCAGGACCCCAAGAGAGACGCCGCACUUUGGAAGAAACAAAACUCUUUGUCGGGGAGGGGCAGAUGGAGCGGCCGGUCGGAGAGGACGGGGGGCACAGCAGCCAGUGCGCUGAGGAGAUGGACCAACCGCAGAGGAGAAAAGCCCAGCAUCAGGCUGAAGUCUCCGCAGGAGCGGGGGAUGACGGGAGCUGGAUUGGAUGCCGUGGUCCUCCAUGAUCUGUCCAGCAGCCGUAACUUCAGCGAGACCCGAGGUGGCACUGACGGGGCGGCAAAGUUACCCACUGCUGCAAUACUGGGGGAGCCGGGCAGUGUGGACGGGGCGCACCAAGCCCCCAGCAGCGACUUUGUGCCUAAAUGUGAUAUCAUAGGCAAGGACGCGCUGUCUGCCCUUCAUCGCGCCGGGUCACAGCAGUGCCGACAGGAGAUCGCCAACAUCGUGUGUCAGCAUCAGGCUGGGAAACUGAUGCCAGACGCACUUCCUCAGUUCUGCCCCCAGCUCGGUAUAUCAAAUCCGGUCCAGGCUUUUGGCGAGAUGGACAACAGCCUGUCCAAAGUGGAGAACCCCGUCAGAGUGGCAUUCGUUCUGAUGGUGCAUGGCCGUGCUGUACGGCAGCUCAAGCGCCUCAUCAAAGCCAUAUAUCACCGUGACCACUACUACUACAUCCAUGUGGACAAGCGGUCCAGCUACAUGCAUCGGGAGGUCCUUCAGAUAGCCCAGCAGUACCCAAACAUACGAGCCACUACCUGGCGGAUGGUCACCAUCUGGGGUGGUGCCAGCCUGCUAAAGGCCUACCUACGCAGCAUGCAGGACCUGCUCUCCAUGCUGGACUGGAAGUGGGAUUUCUUCAUCAAUCUCAGUGCAACAGAUUUCCCCACCAGGACCAACGAUGAACUGGUGUUGUUCCUGUCGCAGCAAAGAGACAAGAACUUCCUUAAGUCCCACGGGAGAGAAAAUGCCCGGUUCAUUAAGAAGCAAGGCCUUGACCGUCUCUUCCACGAGUGUGACAACCACAUGUGGCGUCUUGGCGAACGCAGCAUUCCCGAAGGCCUGGAGGUCUCAGGUGGCUCUGAUUGGUUUGCGCUCACCCACCGCUUCGUGGAAUACGUCAUCAACUCCCAGGAUGCCCUUGUUUCAGGGCUGAAGCAGUUCUAUUCCUACGCUCUGCUCCCUGCUGAGUCCUUCUUCCACACGGUGCUUGGGAACAGUCACAUGUGUGACACCCUGGUGGACAACAACCUGCGUGUCACCAACUGGAACCGUAAGCUGGGCUGUAAAUGCCAGUAUAAGCACAUUGUCGACUGGUGUGGCUGCUCUCCCAAUGAUUUCAAACCGCAAGACCUCAUCCGGAUCCAGCAAUUGACCCGUCCGACAUUCUUUGCCCGCAAGUUUGAGUCAACAGUGAACCAGGAGGCCUUAGACAUCCUGGACACUCACCUGUAUGGCCAGUACGCUCCGGGCACCAUUGCCAUCAAGGCAUACUGGGAGAGCCUGUUUGAACAGCUGGAUGGCGUGGCCUCACUCAGUGACGUGGCUCUCACUGCUUACACCGCUUUCUUUCGUCUUGGCCUUAAGAAUCUGGUGACCACUCAGAGCAACGUGGAGGCCUGCAGGCUUGAACCAGUAGGCUACCCCCUAUCAGUACACAUGUACUUUUAUGACGACCGUUUCCAAGGAUAUCUGGUGCGUCAGGAAGUCCAGGCUGUGGGUUCAAAGGUCAGGGAGACACUGGAGAUGUGGGCAGUGCCCCAGGUCACGCUUGUCCUCGAGACAAACCUAAAGGAGUUUGAAAGGCUCAAGAAUCUGGAAAUCGGCACAGAAUGGGAUCCUAAAGAAAGAAUCUUUCGUAACUUUGGGGGCGUGAUCGGCCCUUUGAAUGAACCACUUGCAGUCCAGAAGUGGGCACGUGGUCCCAACCUCACAGCCACUAUUGUAUGGAUUGACCCGGCUCUGGUGGUGGCUGCAUCUUAUGACAUUACCGUGGAUGUGGAUGCAGAAUACACCCAAUACAAACCCCCGCUGCAGCAACCCCUGCGGCCCGGUACCUGGACGGUGCGGGUAUUAAAACAGUGGGUGCGUGUGGCAGAAGUUCGCUUCCUUGUCAUGCCCUUGACCUUCAAAGAUAAGGAGCCACUACGCAAAGAAGAGGACAGCUGGCUGCAUGCAGGUCCUGCAGGUAACCAGUACAUGGAGCAGAGCUUCCAACAACUGAGCUCCGUGCUGAAGCUGCCUCCCCAGGAGUCGGCCAUGCAGGAGGCCCAGCGUAAAGCCCAGCUUGUGGGUCAACCUCUUGAAGCGUGGGUGGACAGCAGCAUAGACACCUUCUGGGUUACAGGUGGCCUGUGCGCCACACAGCCUUCCUCUUGCCCAGCCGUGGUACCUUGCUCCAAGACCUCUUGGAGCUCUCUGUCCCCGGACCCCAAGUCUGAACUGGGCCCAGUCAAAAGUGAUGGGCGGAUCAGGUAGCCCCAAGAGAGGAGAGUCUGUAGACAUCAACAUAUACACAGGAAGACUGAGGGAGAGCUGGACCUGCACUGGAGAGCUCCAAGAGAAACUGUGUGAACCGGAUAUAGUCUCAGAGCUCAAGGGCACAUAAACAACAAGACAUCUUCCUGCACUGAGGAGUCAACACAUUCUCAGUCAAGUAGUUACACAGACUUAAAAGAAGAGGAUGUGACUGCUGGGAAUUUGCACAUAGAGCUUAUCAAACGCAAGGACUUGUGUCAUUGUUUGCAGAACAGAUACACAGCUGCCAGAUGUAUUGUGUUGUUUUGCUGGCACGCAGCUUGCCAGUCAUGGUUGGAGUUUGAAAAAAGAAAAAAACAACAACAUCUGUGCAUGUUUGACUUCUGUUUGGGCGCACAGUUUUCAGUUUUUCUCUGCUUUGAAAGAAUCGGGAAGCAGAUAACUCAACAACAGGCUCCUCUUCAUUUCAAGUGAGAGUGGAACCUCUGAAUCAUGUAAUUGUGCUUAUUUUGAAGCAUUAUUAUGUACGCAUAAGUAACAGACAGAUGAAGUGCACUUUACUGUAAGGCUAUAAUGUUACACAGAGGUCAUUUAUGCAAGGAUCAGAAGUCAUGAGUCAUGGUUAAGGUGGUCACAUCACUUCCAUUUCCAUAGACUCUAAAGCAAAUACUUGCACCAUCACUCCCCUGCACAGACAUAUCACUAAAUACUAAGACUUGUAACCUGUAUUAGGAAAAGAUAAGGAACGAAAGUGUAGAGAGAGUAUUUAAUGUUUAGUUCUGAUUACUGUGACAUAUCAUUUGAACCUGUUUUUUUUUAUUGUAUUUGUUUUGUUUUGUCUGUUGGUUCCUUGAACUGGCUGUAAAGUUUUACGUUGUCUUUAAUGCCCAUUGUUACAAAAAAGACACUCUUGAGUUGUUUAUCUGGUCAAAGGAAGUGCAGAGACAGCUGCAGCAUCAAUGCUGCAGAAAGCCAGGUUACAUUCAAAAUUCCCUUGAAAUACAUGACAAAACAAUCUCACUCAAAACAGCCAGCUACAGUUCUAUGACAAAAAAAACUACAGCAGCUGGCUGCUAAUGAAUAGUACAAACCUUCAGAACAAGUGGGUAAGUAGUCCUUAAAUUAAGAUUGUUUUGCCAGCUUUUCAAGGUUAAGAAUGAACUGUCAGUGUGAAAUCCUCUGAUAAAAUGUGGUGUACUCUUUGGUACCAAAAUUCUUUUGAACUAAAGCUGAUUUAGCAAGAAGUUUUGAGAAGAUUGAUAUUAGUGUCAUGUUUUGUAAUGGUAAAUACAAGGCUACAGCCGGCUAACCUAGCUUAACACAAAGAUUGUGGACAAAGGAAAUGUGUAGCCCGGCUUCCAAAGGUAACUAAAUCAGCCUACCAGCACAUUUUUAAUCUCAGUUUUUUGUUUAACCUUAACAAGAUAAAAAGGGCAAAUUGUCGUUUUACACUUGUUGAUGUGGGCUAUUUCUUGGUUGGGACUAGCUAGUUAGCUAACUAACUUCGGGAGUCUCCGCUGGUUGCCUGGCAACUAUUCCCGACUAAGAAAUAAUGCUAGCCCAAGCCAUAGCUGUUAAAUUAGUUGUUUUUACACUUCUGUUUUUGUAACUUUAAACAAGCAGCAUACUAAAUGUUAGUUUGUGAGCUUUAGAGAUACUGGUAACGUUAGGUGGAUAUAGUUACUCUUAGACAAAGCCAGGCAAGCUGUUUCCAUUUUUUAUGCUAAGCUAACUGGCUGCUGCAGGUAACUAGUUAGCUAGCAACAAAAUUACCGCACAAACUAUGAAAAUGAUAUCCGUCUUCUCUUUUAAGGCUCAGCAAAACAACCCAUACGUGUAUUUCCCAAAAUAUUCACCAUUUCUUUAAAAUUUAAAUUGUAAACUUGGUUAGACACACUGUUAUUCCCCCCGUGUAUCAGCUUACCGGUAAAUGCAGUAUUGUCACUGUGUUUGUGUGCUCUAUUUGCUUCACAGGUUGGUAAUUGUUCUCAUUUCAAUUCCUACGUUGCAUUUCAUAUCAACUCUUUAAGUCCACCAACCAAAACAUGUUAAACAGUACACUGUAUGUUUGUGUUUGUGUUUUAGCCUGAUCAAGAGAAUCUAAGCUGCCUUUACUUGGUGCAACGAUGAAUUGUUUACGACGGGAUAUUAGCUUCCACAAAUGUGCAAUGAAUGCCUUUUCAGAGGAUAGCGAGACCCCCCUGUCUGUGUCUUAGGUUGCAUUUUUACAUAGUUUUAAAUGUUCUUAAAUAAUAAUAAUAGUUGGCCACCAUAUGAGUUUUCAAGUGACCUUGCUUACCUUGCACAGUACAGUUGCUUCAGUGAAGCCCCAGCUUUAUUGAUAUUGAAAGAGCAAGAGUAAUCAGCGGAACCGAUAUUAUUUUUCUAUACUGUUUGAGAGGUGUGUAUGUCGUCCGUUCAUCUCCAGUGCUCUGUUAAACAAUUAAAAACUGCUGUCAAAUGAUGUUGUAUUUGA